AAGUUGUAAGGCGCUUCUUUAAUUUCGCCUGUAGGAUAUCCGCAGUCAACGCGGGAGAUCAAAGACUAUCAGUUUUCUACGCUCGCACUAUCCAUACUGAAUAUUGGAUAGGAGAUGAAAAAGAUUUCACAAACUUAUUUUGAUGAAACAGUGAGGUCGAAUAUGGAGUUAUUCGACCUCUCAAUGGACGAUGCAGUUGAAGAGUCUGUCAAAACGUUCAAAAUGGAGGUCUGAGAUGGGCGUGGAUCUUUCGGAAAUUGUAAAAGAUAUGGUGAAAUAUGAAGGUGGUCAUCCAUGUGUUUUGGCGAUAAAAAACCUGGAAUCGUUCACGGAGAUUCCCACAGACAGUCACCAGUUGUUGGAUUACGUUCAGUAUUUAAAGUCACCAAGCAACUCUGACUUUGCUGUCCGUAAGGUGCUCAUCAGUAUGAAUGCUGUGAAUAUCUUGCUCAACCUGUUCGACAUGUAUUUUCUGGUUGGUGACUAUUCUGUCUGUGCCUUGUUGUUGAAUGCACUGUCCACAGUGAUUACAGGUCACUCUUAUGCUGUUAAUGAGGAACACAUCAAAAAAUUGGUCAAUAUGCUGCUCAAAUUAAUUGAUGAAUUAGAUAGAAGUACAUUAGAGAAAUCACAUUUCGUCCUAAUAGCCGCAGUUUAUCAAACUUUACAUCUUAGUUGUACAAAGAAUGAGAAGAACAGAGCACUUAUCUCGCAAACGCAAGCUGUCACUCAGACUAUACAUUUAUUAAAAAAACUCGGGGAAAUCCAAAAUAAUAUGGCUUCUGAUGUCUUCUAUCCUACCUUAAAAGAAUCAUGUGCAUUUUUACGAUCACUCACAGUUGAUGAUGAUUUAGAUGUUGAGUUUGGUCUUGGGAGUGAAAAUGCACGAAGUAUUGCUAAAAGCGAUUCAUGUUUGGAAGUGUUUAUCAACUUAAUUUCCAACAUUUUGAACGCUUCAAAUGUCAAUGGAAUUUCUGAUCUGUUUCAAACAUUAUCGGCUAUAAUUACACGUGAAGAAUUGUGUACAAAAUUUGCGUCCCUUGAUGGCAUUAAUAUACUCAUGAAAACAAUUUAUUAUAAUAUAAAAUCAAUAUCUAUAGUCUCUUCUGGAUUAAUGCUUCUACAAGCAUUGUGUGGUUCAGAUGCAUGUAAAAGAUCUGUUGGCAGUUGGUCAAUGCAUGAUACUUCUGGUCCUCAGCUUAUUAUAGAUGUAUUUGAAGAUUAUAUAAAGAGUCCAAUUGUUACUAAAUAUGUCGCAGGUGUAAUUGCAGCAGUUACCCUUCGACAACCUGAUCUUGCAAAAUCUCUUGUCUCAUCAGGUGCAGCUAUAUACCUGACUAAGACUCUUGAUUUACAUCUAUCCAACGCUACAACUGUACGAACUGUAUGCAGGGCAAUACGUAAUUGUGUUGCAAGAGCACCGGAAUUACAGUCUACAUUUUUGGCAUCAGAUUGUGGAAUAGACACUGGCUUAGAAAAACUGUUGAAUUCUGCAUUAAAGAUACCUGCAUGUUAUGAUGAUGCAAAAGCAGCUCUGCGAGAUCUUAACUGUGCAGUUGAACUUCAUGAACCUUGGAAGGGUCAACUGAAGUCUGUUGUUAUAGAUAGCGGUUAAUAGUAUGACAUUAUACUGGCAGAGAUGCACCGACUUACUUUUGAUAUUUCAAUUACUUCCAAGGAGUAUAGAUUGCAAAUGUGAUUUACGUUUUUACUUAGCUUUAUUAUUCAUAUCUUUUGAUAUCUUGGUGAAAUACACCAACAGCAAUAUGCAUGGGUUAAUACUGAUUGAUGAUCAGUUACACAGCUUUGCGAAAGAGGCUUUCCUGUUACAAUGAUUUGUGGUUCAAUAACUUCGUCUAUUGGAGUUUCACUUUACGUCACAACAAUAGAACUACAAGUAUAUGCACAUGUUUUGCGAAAAAUAGUUCUGAUAUGAAAUUGGCGGCAAGUGGUAUACAAUUGAUUGUAAUACUAUGAUGUUGAAGUUGUAUGAUAACGUGUACAGGACAACCAUCUAUGUGACUCUUAUUCUUGGUAGAAAAUUUCGUGUUAUGAACAAAUCCAAACGUCUUUUUCGAUUAGUGUCGAUUAAAGAGAGGGCUAGUUAUUUACCAUGUGUUGUUAGAAAGCUUUAUGUGCUUUUUUUCCCUGCGACCUUAUUAAGUGUACAUUGGCAACCCUCUUUCCUAUAUUUAGAGCUACAGGCUUGAAUUAUUGAAAGCCAUCAAAUGCUUCCUAUAAUAUUGGUGGUAGCUGAUAGAAGGAUUCGCAACAUUUAUGAAUAAAUUCAUCCAAUGGUUUUGCUCUUGUUUGUUUCCCGAUAGCUACAUGCAUACAUACAUACAUAUAUAUCACAAUGAUACGAUGAGAUACUGUCUGGGAUGCUUCUUUCCUCAAUGUCCUACCAUCUCGGGAAAGCCUGUCGAAUGAUGGUGAGACGAAAUACCAGUUACCGCUGCUACACUUUGAUGGGAGUCUGAGAAGUGAAGUCGUACUGUUUCUAGCUGGUGGGGUAUAAUAUCAGUAAGGUGUUUUCUUUGGAUGACCAUCAGCGCUACGCCGGUGCUGCCUCGCGGAUAAAAAGUGAGGAGUUAAAAAGGUUGGCCUAAAAAAUAGCACAAUCUUCUGGUGCUGAUGGUUAUGUUGUUCUGUGGGCUCUGUGGUCACAAAAAUAUUUUUCCCUCCUAGUUACCUUAAGAAGAAUUAGCCUUCCGCGGUGUGUGCGGUUGAGAAAUGUCAUCCUUCCGCACGCUUCCAGAAGUACACAAGACCACUUCAAAUAUAACCUAUCCUCCUACACUCUUUCUUCUCCUUUGCCUUCACCUCCUGGCACUAAUAUUAGGCUGCAUACACCUUCAACCUCUCAUUUUGC